AUGCCUGCCACCACUACAGCCACCCCUGCUGCUGCUGCCAGCAAUGACUUCAUAUUCGAUCUUCCUCACCUUCGCUUCCCCUCGUACCCCCUCGAGGGGGGAUUCGUUUUUCGUGUCACCCAUUCCUUCGACGACCUGAGUUCACCAUACGCUCCCCAUGAGCCCGAAGGCGAUCGACUCACUCCCAAACGGCAAGGCCACCUUCACUACUAUUCCCCGAAUACUAGCCCCCAAAACGCCGGUGACCUUAAGUCAUCUUACGUUGUGUUUGAGCUUGAAUCCAAACGUCUCAAGACCAAAUGGGAAUGCAAGAUCUUUUUCCCCGAGGACUAUUCCCCUCAACGGGUGGAGCUGCCCCUCGGGCUUGUCUUAUCUAACCUGAAGGCCGCAUUGGAAGCGCAAGGGCAAGAGGCCACGUAUUACGAAUCCGUGAUGGAAUUUAUCGCCCAGUCCAAGGAGUGGUUAAAGGGGGACAAUGGCUCGGACGAGUACGAGGCAACUGUGGUUGACUUUACCAGUCAAGAUGGUGAUGGCUCUUUGACAUUGCGCUUUUGCACCAAGUUAUUUGGCAAUUGGCCGUUGCCUUUUACGUUCCCUUUGGUCCCCGUGGCGGUGGACAAUCUGGACGUGUUGGAUUUGAAAUUGAAGGACAUCCAAGCCGAGCUAGUCCGCCUCGAAGAUGAGACCGCAGACACGAAGCAAACUAUCCUAGUGGUCGCGAUGGCGUUGUUUCUCUGGCUGUCGAUCAAGUAUUUGGGCAUCUUCUAA